CUGUGUUGGGGCAGUCAGUGAUGCAGAGUCGCCGUUACAGUCUGGAGCGCAAACCGAGUUUCUCUGCAGCAUGACGGCCUGCGUCCCCAAAGAGGAAGGGCUGCUCUAAUUGGUUUGUCAAUGAAGGAUCAUCAAUAGUUCCCAACUUCCCUGGAGGGUCAGGGUCUCUGUAUGUGGACAAGUGCUUCUUGGAUUUAUCAACCGCCGGCUCGACUGUUUUAAACACCGAUUUAAAUCCCCUCUUCUCAGCACCUUCCGAAAAAACACGUGGAUUACAAAGGGAUCCUUCUCAAUACGCACCGCGGAGCUUCGUUUAUCCCAUUGUAAACAACGGAAUUCUGACCGUAAAUAUCGGAAUUGUGUUUUUCGAGGGGAAACAAGUGAAGUCAGAUUUCAUCAUGAGCGACCUGGAAGAGGACUUUGCCAAUAUUUUAAUGUUGAAGGAGGACAGGAUACGGGACUUGGAGAGGCGUCUGGCGGACAGGGAGGACGAGAUCCAAGAAUUGAAGAGGAAACUGCACAAAUGUCAGUCCGUAUUGCCCAGCGCUCAACUUAUAGGACCGAGGACCAGGACUCGGGCGCAAGGCAUCUCCGCGGAGCCUCAAAACUACCAAGACCUGUCGAGACAAGCCUUUCGGAAAUAUGUCAAGUCCGACUGGUCUAAGGACCUGAUCAAGGAAGCCAUAUUGGAUAAUGACUUCAUGAAGAACCUGGAGCUGUCUCAGAUCCAGGAGAUCGUGGACUGCAUGUACCCUGUGGAGUAUGGCAAAGACAGCUGUAUCAUCAAGGAAGGUGACGUGGGCUCACUGGUCUACGUCAUGGAAGAUGGUAGGGUGGAGGUGACAAAGGAGAGUGUGAAGCUGUGCACCAUGGGACCUGGGAAGGUGUUUGGAGAGCUGGCCAUACUCUACAACUGUACCAGGACAGCAACUGUCAAGACUCUCACCAAUGUGAAGUUAUGGGCCAUCGACCGACAAUGCUUUCAGACUAUUAUGAUGAGGACGGGCCUGAUCAAACACACCGAAUACAUGGACUUUUUAAAAAGUGUUCCAACGUUCCAUGAACUUCCGGAGGAGAUACUAAGCAAGCUGGCUGAUGUCCUUGAGGAGACACACUAUGAGGAUGGAGAGUACAUCGUCAGACAGGGAGCCACAGGAGACACCUUCUUCAUUGUCAGUAAGGGAAUGGUGAAUGUGACCAGGGAAGACAAGCCCAGCGGGGAUCCUGUCUACCUCCGCAGCAUGGGGAAAGGAGACUGGUUCGGAGAGAAGGCCCUGCAUGGGGAGGACAUUAGGACAGCAAACGUCAUCGCUGCAGAGGCCGUUACAUGUCUGGUCAUCGACAGAGACUCCUUCAAGCACCUGAUUGGAGGGUUGGAGGAGGUGUCCAGUAAAGGCUGUGAGGAUGCUGAGGCCAAGGCUAGGUACGAAGCAGAGAACGCUUUCUUCUCCAUCCUCAAUCUACCUGACUUCAACAUCAUUGACACACUGGGGGUUGGUGGCUUCGGCCGCGUAGAGCUGGUCCAGCUGAAGAGUGAUGAGUUGAAGACUUUUGCCAUGAAGAUCCUGAAGAAGCGUCACAUCGUGGACACGCGGCAGCAGGAGCAUAUCCGCUCUGAGAAACUCAUCAUGCAGGAGGCCCAUUCUGACUUCAUUGUCAGACUGUACAGGACUUUUAAGGACAGUAAGUAUCUCUACAUGCUGAUGGAGGCUUGUCUGGGAGGAGAGCUGUGGACCAUUCUUAGAGACCGGGGUUCGUUUGAGGACUCCACCACUAGGUUCUACACAGCUUGUGUGGUGGAAGCAUUUGCCUACCUGCAUUCCAAAGGCAUCAUCUACAGAGACCUCAAACCAGAGAACCUUAUACUCGACCACAGGGGCUACGCCAAGCUAGUGGACUUUGGCUUUGCCAAGAAGAUAGGGUUUGGAAAGAAAACGUGGACGUUCUGUGGAACACCAGAAUACGUGGCACCAGAGAUCAUUCUGAACAAAGGCCAUGACAUCUCAGCCGACUACUGGUCUCUAGGAAUCCUCAUGUUUGAGCUCCUCACCGGCAGCCCUCCCUUCUCUGGCCCUGAUCCCAUGAAGACCUAUAACAUCAUCCUGAGGGGCAUUGAUAUGAUUGAGUUUCCAAAGAAGAUUACCAAAAACGCUGCCAACUUAAUAAAAAAACUAUGCAGGGACAAUCCUUCAGAAAGACUGGGAAACUUGAAAAAUGGUGUUAAAGACAUCCAAAAACACAAAUGGUUCGAGGGCUUUAACGGGGAAGGUCUACGGAAGGGAACUCUGACACCCCCUAUCAUCCCUAAUGUGACAUCAUCGACGGACACAAGUAACUUUGACAGCUUCCCAGAGGACAAUGAAGACCCUCCCCCAGAUGACAACUCUGGCUGGGACAACGAUUUUUAAACGUCACCCCCCACCCCCAAUACCAAAUUAUCUUCUGUCAUUGGCCUGGGGGCCUACUUCCUGAUGUAGUGUCAUUCUAAAGACUGUGAUAAAUAGGAAGAGGAGAGGGGGAAGAGAGGAAGAGGACCACAACCGCUGUGGGUCACCGAUAUGCCUUCGCUAUAUGUGGCUCUGGGACUAGAAUUUAAUGAACUUAGCAUAUCCUCAGUGUUCUCUCUCUCUCACAGACACAGACACAGACACAGACACAGACACACACACACACACACACACACACACACACACACACACACACACACACACACACACACACACACACACACACACACACACACACACACACACAGACAGACAGACAGACAGACAGACAGACAGACAGACAGACAGACAGACAGACAGACAGACAGACAGACAGACAGACAGACAGACAGACAGACAGACAGACAGACAGACAGACAGACAGACAGACAGACAGACAGACAGACAGACAGACAGACAGACAGAGAGAGAGAGAGUCCUAGAGCUGAAACAAUGCCUUUUCCUUUAGCAGAGUGCGCGUGUGAGACUGAGUGUGUGUACAAUAUGUGAGUAUGUGAGAGUGUAAGGACACUAUAAGGAACGAUAAAAAAAAAGUUAAAUAUAUAGGGUGGAAGAUGAGUUUUCUGUUGCGGCCACAGACCUGCACUGCUCCUACAGACACAAACAGACAGGCUGGGUCCAUGUUUGGAAGGCUUCCCCUCUGCACCCUGUUUUCUCUCCAAGACUUCUAUUACUAUAGCUGGUUCCUGAGGUUUGGCUCAGCAGUACCUAGUACCUACAGUAUCUGGUACCUGGACCUCCUCAAUAGGGAUACAGGAUCUUAAAACUGAGUCUGACAAGCCAAACAGGUACCAAGUGCUCAUGACGAACCAGAAUGUUACUGUUUGUCCUUAAUAUUACUUUUAGAACCACAGAGUAUAUGUACAUAUUAUUUGAAGUUACAUUCUCACACAUGCACAUAGGCUGCUACACUCAUCUACUUUACUCAUGUACACUGUAUGCAGCAGCUAGUUAGCUUUAAAAAAAAGCAACCUUUUUGUUCCGUGCUUCUGAUGGAAAAAUUAUGACCUUUCAGAUGUCCUGCUUACAAAUGUAAUCAGUCACACAUAUUCAUCCCUCAUUUCUGGAAAGCGAUUUGUUAUUAUGCUGUUAUUAACAAACUUCAUCAACAACAACAACAGUGAAGAUCCUCGGACCAUCUUUCAUUUCACAGGCAUUGAGCGAUCAGAUAAUAAAGAUUUAUUUUGAAAGUCUACUCUAUGCUCUUAGCUAAACAUCAACCUUACAUAUUGCAAAUGUCUGACAUUCACAUCAUAUGAGUUGCUAUUUCAUCAUGUAGUUGCUAACCAAUCAAUAUAAAUACCAUCCCUUUAAAUAGGUAAGUCCCAUUUUCACGCCACAGUAGUUUAAUUUACCAGUUCUAAUGGAAUUUGAAUGCCUUCAGUGCUGCCCUUUCUACAUUAUUGUAAAUACAGGUGCUGAAUUAAAUUUGAAUGGAUGAAAUGUUAUGAGCACUGGUUAUUGUUACUGUGUAUUGAUAUUAAAGUGCUUGAUUACUUUGUAA